UUCGAAGUAUUCCAGCAUAAUAUCGAUAUUUUCUAUGCAUCGAUGUUUUUAACACACCAACUGCUGUCGAAAUCAGCUGUCCGCCGCAGUUAAUUAAUCAAAUUGUUAAAGCGUCGGAAAAUUGUUUUAAUUUUUAUUAUCCAGAGUUUAUUUUUAUUGUAAACAGAUAUAAUAACCUGGGUGAAACCGGUGCGGAAGCAACACUCACGUCUGCCACCUGAGGAUAAUUAAAACGUGAGACCCCGCAAGACAUGUGCGAUGGAAUCUAACGAUGUGCAGGUUGUUGCGUUCGAUGACGAACAAAUGUUUGCAGUCGGUAGAGCGCUGAAAGCCGUAGCCGAUCAAGUAUAUGAAACACCCAAAAUAGAGCCAAUAACGUAUAGUCAAGAAGAAAUAAUCGAGCUUCUAAGUGAUUCUGAAAAUGCUACUGAUAAUGACGACGGAUCUGAUUGUGAGAUAUUUGGGGAAAUCUCUACAAAUUUGGAACCUUUCCAGGAAGAAGUUAAGUUAGAGCCAUGCAAUGAAGAGAACACACUUGAAUCCCAGAUAUUAAAUAGUGGCGAACAAUUGCCAACGCACCUUAGCAAUGGCGUAGUCAAUAAUUUUUCGGACCGCGCUGUUUUGAACAACGAUGCCGAUGCAAUCGCCCACUUAAACUACAGAGAAUCAAUAACGCAAAAACAAACUACGGCGGUGUUUUCAAAUAAUAUUAUUGUUUUGGAUGAUGACGAUGAGGAUCAGCUCUAUAUUGAAAAUGGUGCAGAAGAGAAUAAUGAUGAAAAUAAAUCAGGCUUAUCUGAUGAGGAAGAGAAAGAAAAAAAAUGUAUCGAUCUUUUGGAAUUGGAUUCAGAUGAUAAUAAUCAACCAUCGACAUCCAGUGGUAGCAAGGUUAAAAGUAAUACAUACAAUUUAGAAGCUUUUCUCGUUUACCUAUGCCCGCAGUGCGGCGUAUCAUGCGACAAUAUAAAAAAAUGGAAUGCCCACACCGAUAUUGUACAUAAUUUUCGUUCUAUUUCGAAACUUAAUUUGAAAACCGUUAUAAGUCGACAAGGUGUGCUGAGCUAUCAAUGUAAUUCGUGCGAAAAGAAAUUUACUUCUGAUACUGCAUAUAACUUCUUGCUAAGUCAUCGCAUUCGACACAUGACGAUUCCGGAAUUUUUACGUUGCCGUUUGUGCGAGGAGAGAUUUUCAAGCCGAAACUUAUUUUUAAAACAUUUCAAGAAAAAGCAUAGCAAGGUUGCUUUACAGAAACUACGACGCACUGAAGCGAUAAGAUGUCAUAUGCGAUUCAUAUGCCCGAUUUGCAAAAAAAAAUCUAAAAACCUGGGAGACUGGACGGAACACUUGGACGAGGCACAUGAUUGGUAUCAAAAACUACCGGAAAAAGUCACUACGAUUAGGGAUAAUUUAGUUGAAUGCAAAACAUGCGCAGCUACAUUUCGAUCGAAACAAACUAAAUUUCACUCACUGCGACAUGAGCCAAACAAGCCUUUCCACUGCAAGCUGUGCAAAAAUCACAGUGCAUAUAGCUUAGAUGUUGUGGCGAAACACAUUCGCGUGGAGCAUUUUAAAGAGACUUCAUAUGACAGAGAAUACCGAUGUAAUUACUGCGAUAAGGUAUUUGAACGGUAUGCGCGACGAAUCGCUCAUAUGGCUGAGGAGCACACAAUAGAGUUAUUGAGGUGUGAUGUUUGUAGAAAGAGGUUCAACUCCACCGCGGGGCUGCUGACGCAUAUGACCAAACUGAAUCAUCGAAAAAUCAAGUAAAAUAAAAUAUGUA